UCCGUUGUCGGCUUCUAGCGCUUCAAUUGCCUCGCACUCACGGACUCGUCGUGCUCGAUUGAUGUGCAGAUGACCGCCACCGCCAUGGUCACCGACGUCGCCCGCUCGCCGGUUUUUCCUGCGUUCUUCCGCCUCUCCCUCGAGAACUCCCUCGAGCCGUCCAGGGAGAGAGCCGAUGAAAAGGAUACUGGCGGCGCCGACUUCGAGUUCCGGCUCCGCGAUCCCGUCGCAGUGCUGCACGCCGACGAGCUUUUUGUGGACGGGAAGCUCGUGCCGCUGAACCUGGCGUCGGCUGCGCGCGGAGUGGCGGAAUGUGCUGGCGAGAUCCGCCCAUCGGAGCAGCCCAAGGCGCGGUGGAGAACAGAGGACCUUGGAUCGGACCAGUAUUUGUUCUCUCCCCGCGCGCCGAGCUGUGCGAUCCGGUGGCGUGAGCUACUCCGUCUCAAGAGGGCCGCUGGAUCGAAGCUCGGGCACGAGAAUGCCUCAGCCGCUGCUUCUUCCAUCGGGUCGCGGAAGCAUUUCUUUCACCGGAACCCUAAAUCGCCAUCUGUUCUCGACCCGGCGAUGAGCUUGCCCCUUCUUCGUGAAUCGGACUCCGAAUCGGUCUCGGUCUCGGUCUCUUCUUCCCGGCUUCCCCUCUCUUCGUCCUGUGCCGCAGGCCGCGACGACGAGGGCCUCCCUCAUCUAUCCCUCGACGCCGAGAAGCCCCACCACCACAUGGCGAUGCUCAGGCUGGUCCGGCCACUUCCAGCCACGGCAGAGCCGCCAUUUCGUGGGCGGAUCAGGCGCGCUGGGUCUUCGGAUACAGCGGCGGCGCCAGCGACGACGGGGACCGGGAUCACCCUGCCCGUGGACAGCCCGCGAAUGAACCCGUCGGGGAAAGUGGUCUUCCACGGGUUGGAGCGGAGCUCGAGCACUCCCGGAAGCUUCACCGGUGGGCCACGGCUGCGGUUGCAGGGGAUGCAACGGUCCUACUCGUCCAACGUCGUCCGGGUCACUCCGGUCCUCAACGUUCCGGUCUGCUCGCUCGCGAAGACCGGUCCGGUCUUCGGCUUCGCCGGCCAGCUCUUCUCGCCGCAGAAGAAGGACAAGGCCAAUGCAGCGGCCAAGCCAACCAGCGGCGUUGGGAAGAGGAACAAGAGCCGGAAGCCCUCAGGGCUCGAGAUCUUCGAAUAAGGUGGUGAAUGCUUGCGAGGAUCCAUACCCCCUCCCCCUCUCUCCCUCGCGCUCUCCCUCUCCGCCAAUUAAUUCCUCCUCUAUAUCCAGAAGGCCAUUUUUGGGCCUGAAAUCCAUGGAUUGCUUUAAAAUU